UUAAAAGCAACUCGAUGAGCUGCUCUUCUUGACCGGACAUUGUGCUGUAGGGGGUGCAGUAGCAGCCAACGCAGCUAUAAUUACCCAGGCUGGUAGGGUCAGCCAAGGGCUGCCAUUGCUGUACUUUGAUGACUAAGCAACUAGAAGGUUGGCCACUUGGCAAUGGCAUUGGCACGCCGGCCACUGGCCACGACUUGGCCACGACUAAUUACUUUACUGCAUUCGCAAUGUCGGGUCAGCUUCGGUUCUUAAAUGGUAGACUCAAAGCCCGAGUGUGGCACCUUUGUGGCACCAUCUUGAUGUCCGCUUGCUCAUUGGACGUCUUGCACAAGUUUGCUAGAUUCUUUGCGCAGUUGUUCAGGUCUUCACAUCGCCGAGCAUGCUAUAUAUUGCGGAUUUUCUAUUCCCUGCUCCGCAGGCUAGGAAGCGUCCGUGUUCGCUUUCACCAUUGCACAUACUCUGCAAGAAAACUACACGAAGAGUUGCGCCCUGCAAUAUGCGCGAGCGGCUUGCCUACAAUCCACACACCUGUGACAGAUGACGACCGACCUGAUGACCGACCACUUCGUACGCUCGCAAUACCAGUGGAAGUUGCAUCUCCGCAACAUCCAUUGCACCUCGCGCCACCUUCCAGAUACAGCUUCCACGCCGGAACUGUAGAUGAUGAUCAAGGGCCAAAUGCUAUCGUUGGCAGUGGACAGUCUCAAAUCGACCUAGAAAACACAUCAGCUCAAGAGCCGCAAUCUUUCUUCGCGGAACAGGAUUCCACGCCACGCAAGCACAUCAACCUAGUAUCAAUCAUACCGACCGACGUCAAACGUUAUGACAGGAACAUCAAAAUGAAAUGGGCUGAACCGAAACCCAUCGUCAUCGACCCCAAAGACAACAAGUAUGUGGAGCAGGUGCAACAUGGAUGGCACGAUUUCGUACACCCGGAAGGUCCUAGGGUUUAUUAUCACCCCGAGAGAAGAAUUCUCACGGAUGCGGACAUGCGCCUGGGAAAGAUCGAUUCCAAGAUGCUCUUGGCCAUGGCUGACGCCCUCAAGGCUCAUGCAAAGAGUCAGCCAGAAGUAUGGGCCAGGAUUGAUGAUGAAACAGAAUUGGUGCUCGAGCUUGAGCUUGAGACCGGAUCACGUAACAGGAUAAAUUCUUGUGGUUACUAUUUCGUCCACCACGCGAAGAGGAUGAUAUUUUGGGCACAUAAGUAUACUUGCGAACCAGGUGGCGAGGUUCUGUUCAACGUCAAGGGAGCUAAGAAACACAGUCAUAUAAAAUAUUCGUUAGAGGCACAAUAUUGGUACCACUGCGAGCUUUAUCCUCACAACCGAUACCUUUCGAAACAAAUCUUUGAAGAGCUGAAAGAAAUCAUUAUCCAUGCGAACGCAGAGACCAUCACCACGGAUACUUCACUGGCCCCAUUUGAUGGCAAUGAGCUGGCGAAGAUGCUGGAUUUAAUGGACCGUGUUGAGGGCAGCAUCGAUAAAACGCAUGCUCAUUCUGUAUGUGUCGUAGCCCGGUUCAUGAGAUUAUUCACCAAAGUUAAAUACAUGAACUUCUGCGGGCAACCUGGCGGACGGGUUGACGCCGACAGAUCCAUCUACUACAAGGAGGGCCACGAGCGCGAAACAUUGAUUUUCAGGGUCUCCAACCUAAUCUUCUGGUACGCGCCACGCAAACACUAUAAACGUAUACGGAGAGUAUGGGUCGACGAGAUUAUCAAUGCCCCACGCUGGAAAGACUUUAUCACCCAACUAGAUAACGAGUGGACGGGGUUCACGCUCUAUUCCACCGUCAUGCUGGCUGUCGAUGUUAGUUUCCUAGCAGUGCCUGGCGUCAUCGAUAUCAAUUCCUACGAGUCCUCGCAAACUUCGUCCAACAUCGCGGUAUACAUGUCGGCUCUUUGCUCUGUGGGUUCGCUUGUAGUUUCUCUCCUGCUGGUCGCCCAAAGCCAAGACUAUCAGCGUCAGACUGCUGAAGGCGGGGCAAUGUACAUGUCUCUAAUGACCAGUGCAAUCCCCGGAGUUGAAAACUUGGCAUUGAUGCAUAGCUUGCCGUUUGCACUUCUUAUAUGGGCAAUGGUAUUCUUCGGCCUGGCAUUGUCUCUCUUCAUUUUCGAUACCAGUGACGUCGUCACGCUCGCGACGAUGGUCCCUGGAUGGACAAUAGUCACGAUAUUCACGUUGUGGCCUAUGAUGACCACUUCUAUUGGAUGGUCACUGGAUUUUGUGAGAUCCUUGGCCUAUCAAGCAAAGGAGGUUAUCCAAUAUCUGCGCGACUCCCGACACUCAGAAGAGGACAGAGCGCUCAGGACUAGAGAUCGAGUCGCAUAACGAUGUACUUGGGGAGUGCGCCACUACUACUAAGUAGUAUAUCGAUGUACACGGGUGUAUUUCUAUGUCUAUGAUUCUAGUGUAGACUCAGGCCAGAGGGUGUACCAGUGAGCAUUCAGUGGUGAGUAGAGGGCAUACAUU